CCUGAACUCUUCCGCAACCACAUUGUUCUAACACCUUAUACAUCAUCGGACUGCCUCUUCCGCAACGCACACAUCCCGCGACUCGUGACCGGCAUUAAUCAUGGACUUCUCCGACAUCUUUCGGAUAGUAAACCUCGCGGUCGCGGUCUUCAUGAUCCUGGGAGGCAUUGGGCAGUUCUUCCCUACAAUCGGAGUGCAAAGCAUCAUCAUCGCCGUAUACCUCUUCAUCUUUGGCCUAGCAACCGGCAUCCUCGAAUUCCAGAUUCCGCCGCAAGUCACAAAAUACGCCUCCUUCCUAUUCAGCUUCGUUGGCCGCGGAACCUUCUACGUCUUCGUCGGCUGCAUAACGAUGGGCUAUAGGUGGUGGAGGUAUACGGCCGGCUCGCUUAUUGUCGCCGUGGGCCUUGCGUACAUCGCGCUGCAGUUUGUGCCGUCGAUCGAGCCGCCGGCGAAUAUGAGGGAUGCGGAUCAGGGGUGGGGUGCGGAGCAGGUGUAAGCUUGUACGCUGUCCGACACGGUAGGAGUGUAACAGUCAGUCGGCACGCUCAAGAUGCAGGUUGAUGUGCAGUUGAGCAUGUGGGAAACGGCGGGAGUUGACAGGCAAGGGCCAUUGCAGCGAUGAUGGAGCGGAAACCUUCUGCCAUCGAGUCGCAGGCAGUGUAAAGAUACGCUGUACGAUCUAUGGUAUGAGGAUAGACGAAUGGCAACUGCUUACACAAGCGGGUUUCCAUAAGAAUAAAAGAGCUUCCAAGCCAAAGCUUUUACACGCCAACCUUCGAAUUACCUGAGCUACUUGCGUAGUAGUAGAAUGAACCUUGAUAUGUGGUUCCCUCUUACGGUACCUCUUGUACCCGUUCAGCAU